AUGUCCCCGUUCAGGGCCGUUUUAUGGCUCACACUCAUAUACCUCGCUCGUCAUACUUCAGCUCGACCCGAUGAACCGCCGGAGUUCGAUGCUUGGAGCUACAAGAAGGACCAGAUCAUUGAUCGAGAUGUCGCCAUAAUUGGAGGUGGCUCCGCUGGUAUCUAUUCGGCAAUCAGCUUGAAGGACAAAGGCAAGAGCGUGAUUGUGGUUGAGAGGAAGGCCAGAAUUGGCGGGCACACGGAGACGUAUACGGAUCCCGUCAGCGGCAUGCCAAUCGACAUCGGCGUCAUAGUCUGGCACGACACCCCUAUCGUGAGGGCCUACUUCGAGAGACUCAACGUCCCCCUCAUCAAAGCAGGGUCCGACAUCGAUCCCAGUGCUCCUCCUCCACGGUCGGGGGACUACGAUUUCAGGACCGGGCAGAGUGUCAAUAUCACACCGCUCAGUCCUGAGGCAGUCGGCGCUGCGUUCGCAGGCUACACCCAACAGAUUCUCAAGUACCCUCGGCUGAGCGAUGGAAUGUUUCUUCCCAAUCCCGUCCCUGACGACCUCGUCAUGCCGUUCGGCGAGUUCGUCCAGAAAUACAACCUCGAGGCCGUGCUGCCGACCAUGUUUCAAUACGACCCCGGACUAGGAGACAUCCUGACCGUUCCCACGGUAGAAAUCAUGCGCUACUUCGGCCUGAGCCUCGUCCAGCAGCUGCAAACCGGCGGCUUCCUCACCACUCAGCGCCACAACAACAGCGAACUCUACGCCAACGCCCAAGCCGAGCUUCUCUCCACCUCCAGCCUGCUCCUCUCCUCCGAAGUCCAGCUCGCUCUCCGCCCAUCCCGCAACACCCCGCCAGUCCACCUCGUAGUUCGCACCCCCUCGGGCAGGAGACUCAUCCGCGCGAAGAAGCUCCUCAUUACCAUUCCCCCGAAACUCGACUUUCUGGGCCCCUUCGCCCCCAACGACGAAGAGCUCAGCGUCUUCGGCCGCCUCAUCAAGGGGGGUUACUGCACCAGCGUUGUGAAGAACACGGGUAUCUCCGACGACCUCUCCGUCCUCAACAGGAAACAAGACACGCCGUACCAUUUCCCCGAACUGCCCGCCGUGUACGAGAUCCAGCGUUCGCCGGCUCCAGGGCUCCACAUCGCCUUUUACGGCACCCCGCGCUCGACCCUGUCCCAACCCGUUCCUGACAGCCAAGUCCAAUCGGAUAUCAUUGCAGGGAUCAAGCAGCUCCAGGCCGCCAACCCGGAGACGUUCAACCAGACAGAGCCGGAGUUCGUGGAGUUCUCGUCGCACUUGCCCUUUUACGUUCAAUUCGCGCCCGAGGAUACCAGGAAUGGGUACUACGGGAAGAUGUACGCGCUGCAGGGGAAGAGGAAUACAUUCUGGACUGGGGCGAGCUGGCGGACGCAGGACAGUAGUGAGAUUUGGAGGUUUACGGAGCAGGAGGUGCUGCCCGGGUUGUUGGCGGCCCUGGGGUAG